UAGCACUGUACAGGAAAGAGCUGAAUCUGAUUCUGAUUUGAUUUGUUCGAGUAAAGAUGAUGAUGAAGUAGGUGCUUUGGAAGACAUUGGAUUGCACAAGCCUGUUGGUUUUGAUGAAGAAGAUGAUGAUGUGAUGGAACAAACUAGAGAACUCGAAGAGUUGUGUAGGACUGACGAUCAAAACUCGAAAGGGUCCAAACCUAAAGGAGAAGAAAAACUAGCGGAUGAUUAUAAUGGUUCUGAGGACUCGGACACAUUGGAAGCUUUGUGGGAACAUCAAGAGUUGAUAAAGCAGUUGAAAAUGGAGCUCAAGAAAGUCAGAGCUACAACUGGUCUGCCUACAAUUCUUGAAGAAUCCGAGUCUCUGGAUAUGGAUGACUUGAAGACACUCAAGAUUGAUGAAAAAGACCAACAUGGAGACAGCAUGAGGGUGAUUCACAAGUUCUACAAUAGUUGCCGGACUCGAAUGCGAACCAAUAGGUGUUCUGCAGUCUAAGGAUCCAUUUAAAUCGUUUUCGAGCUACAAAUCUUCAACUCCGGCAAUCAA